AACAUUUCUGUUUCGACAUAGCUCUGUCGUGUCUUUAAGAUCACCUGUAGUUUCGCGAGAUUGAUCUGAAUACAAAAUGGCUUGUGGUGCACCUGGUCAGGAAAUGAAGGCUAAUGAACAAGUGCAAACGAUUGUCAACGAGGUGAAGAGCCAAGCUGAGGCAAAAGCUGGUACAACAUUUAAUGAAUUUAAAGCCAUUUCUUAUAGAACUCAACUUGUUGCUGGUACAAAUUACUUUGUGAAGGUGAAAGUGGGUGACUUGUCUUAUGUUCAUUUGCGUAUUUACCAAACUUUACCACAUGCUGGAUCAACACUUGAGUUAACAGCCAUCAAAACUGAAUUGUCAGAGGGAGACAGCCUGGACUAUUUUUAAAUUUAACUCAUAAUUCAGUUUUUUUUGACCAAUUAGAAUAAUGGUAAUUUAGUUAGAUACCAAAGCAUGUCAAAGUGCAAUAAUUAAUUUUUCUGGAUUUAAUACCUUUUUUUCUUUUUUAUUAAUUUAAUUUCUGAAUUUAAUACCUUUUUAUGGCUGUUGGCACCUUAUGCUUAACAGGUCACAGGACCUUACAGAUGUUAACAUACUUGAACCAUAAAUUUUUAAUAUCAAUUCACUAUUUAUGUAAUUGUGAAACUACUGCUGAAUGAAGAUGACAGACCAUCAACAUUUACAUGUAGAGGACUUUACAUGAACUCUCAUCCUUUAGUUAAUCAAUAAACGUAUCUGAAUGAGAAGGA